CGGUUGUGGCUGGUACUCAUAGCACUCGAGGCGUUCUUUCUUGUUUCCUGUUGGUGGGUCCACUUGCAAUUCCAGAGAGAGUGCUGGACCAGGAUACCCAGGAGUAGAAUGACGAUAUGGCCGAGCGUCUCUAAUCACCUGUGCAACAACAUAUCGUCUCUCCUGAAUCCAGACUGACAUAACUGUCAUGAAGUCUCUUCAUUUGUUCAGCAAACACCACCAUAGAAUAAUUUGAAAGCACCUGUACCGCUCAUUCCGUUCUGUCCAUCGCCGGCUGCAUGCAGCUCGAGAUCGUCUCGUGCUUAGCUGCAGAGUUCAGCCACAAUCGCUGGUCUAUGCCGUGUUGCGUUGCCCGUGCCAAGAUACUUACAACACUUGCGGCUCCAUCCAUCCAUUAGCCAUACGUAUUCUCGACAGCACGCAGAGAAAUAGCCCAUUGACACCGACACCUCUACUUCAUCAUAUCUCGUCAACAUGGCCAACCCUCUCGACACCGACGCAGGCUCGGAGCUCUUCAGCUCCUACGAAGCCGAGUUCAAGCUCGUGCAAGCCGACCUGACACAGAAGAUGGACCAAAUCCCCGAACUGUCCGGCGAGCCGCGUAAAGCAGCUAUCAACCAAGCCGAGCGCGCCCUCGAGGAAGCCGACGAGCUGUUGGGCCAGCUGCGUCUUGAGAAGCAAAACAUUCCGUCGGCAGCCCGCCCCAAGAUCAACCAGCGCUUCCGCAACUUCGAGACGGACGUUGACGGGUACAAGCGCAAGCUGCGGAACCUGGCCGACGACCGCGCCGCCCUCUUCGGCAGCCGCUACACGGACAACCCAUCGGAUGCACAGCUUGAGCAGCGACAACAACUGCUGGCGGGUACGGAUAGGCUGGACCGUAGCACGCAGCGGCUGCGCAACUCGCAGGCGUUGGCUAACGAUACCGAGGCGAUUGGGGCAAGCACGCUGGCCGACUUGCACCAGCAGCGCGAGCGCAUCAACCAUAUUGGGAUGACAUUUGAUGAAAGCGAGGGCUACGUUGAUAGGAGUGUAAAGACGCUACGGGGGAUGGCGCGUAGGAUGGCUACGAAUCGGGUAAUCACGAUUGCCAUUAUCACUGUCUUGGUUCUUCUCAUUUUCGCCGUCAUUUACAGCAAGUUCAAAUAGACUGGUCCUCCUCUGGCUGGGACCAGUGAGUGGAGUUUAGGCGUCGGACCUCCCAGCUUUGGAGUGGACUAUCGUUACGUUUUUGUUUUUGGUCAAUGUCUGAUACUGAGGAAUGGAAUGGGUUGAUGCAGCAGCUUGUGUACAGGUACAGCCACCGAACGGCAAUAUGACAUUAAAUUCAGAGGGAUC